ACCAUCUUUGAAGAGCGACAGAAAAAUCCAUCUAAACCAUCCGAACUAAUCAUUCGAACUGCUUCCAAGUCCUUUAAAGGAGAAUCCUAACGAGGGUCCGUAACACUUCCCCUUAUCCUCUGCCUGGGUUCAAACUUCAACUCCCAGGGUUCGCCCAAGUCCCUCCCCCAGUCCUGUCAUCUAAUGAAUAUGCAAAUACCACAUAAUUGGCAGCCAAUGGCUUGGGUUCUGGUCACAUGGUGCCGAUGGUAGGUGAGCAGACAGAAGUUGUCAGUGAACAGAGACGGCGCUCAGUCUGGGGCGAGCGCUCUAGUGAGCGCGGACGGAUGCUUAGGCAGUAGUCCUGGCAGCGGCAGUAGUGGUGGCAGCAGAAGAGAGGAAGGGGGAGGGCCCCCAGGGCUACACACGCUCACACUUUCAAGUUCCCUUGGAGGGAGAGGAGGUGGGGCUGCAGAAAGAGGAGGCCAGGAGCGGUCCCAUCCGUCCCGUCCCGUCUCCCCCUCUUCCUCUUGCUCCUUGCCCCCCGGCUCUGCGAGAGUUGAGGGUUCAGGUCGCCGUACGCGGCAGUGAGGACAAGAGGGCCGGGAGAGUGGGGAGCGCAGGCAGGAGUGCGGGGGAAGAUGCCCAUCCUGCUGUUCCUCAUAGACACGUCCGCCUCUAUGAACCAGCGCACUGACCUGGGCACCUCCUAUUUGGACAUUGCCAAAGGCGCUGUGGAGUUAUUCUUGAAGCUGCGCGCCCGGGACCCGGCCAGCCGCGGAGACAGGUACAUGCUGGUCACCUACGACGAACCCCCGUACUGCAUCAAGGCUGGUUGGAAGGAAAAUCAUGCAACAUUCAUGAGCGAACUAAAAAAUCUUCAGGCUUCUGGACUGACUACUCUUGGUCAGGCUCUAAGAUCCUCAUUUGAUUUGUUAAAUCUCAAUAGAUUAAUAUCUGGAAUAGACAAUUAUGGACAGGGGAGAAAUCCAUUUUUUUUAGAACCAUCUAUUUUAAUUACCAUCACAGAUGGAAACAAGUUAACAAGUACUGCUGGUGUUCAAGAAGAGCUCCAUCUUCCUUUGAAUUCCCCUCUGCCUGGAAGUGAACUAACCAAAGAACCUUUUCGUUGGGAUCAAAGGUUAUUUGCCCUGGUGUUGCGUUUGCCUGGAGUGGCUUCUACCGAACCAGAGCAACUAGGGAGCGUACCAACUGAUGAAUCUGCCAUCACACAGAUGUGUGAAGUCACAGGAGGUCGCUCCUACUGUGUGAGAACACAAAGAAUGUUGAAUCAAUGUUUAGAAUCUCUGGUUCAAAAAGUUCAGAGUGGUGUAGUUAUUAAUUUUGAAAAAACAGGACCAGAUCCACUUCCUAUUGGAGAAGAUGGACUUAUGGAUUCAUCUAGGCCAAGCAAUUCAUUUGCUGCUCAGCCAUGGCAUAGUUGUCAUAAACUCAUUUAUGUACGACCUAACUCUAAAACUGGUGUUCCUGUUGGACAUUGGCCAAUUCCAGAAUCUUUUUGGCCAGAUCAGAAUUUACCUUCACUACCUCCACGAACAUCUCAUCCUGUUGUGAGGUUCUCCUGUGUAGACUGUGAGCCAAUGGUAAUAGACAAACUUCCUUUUGACAAAUAUGAACUUGAACCUUCGCCCUUAACUCAGUAUAUCUUAGAACGAAAGUCUCCCCAUACCUGCUGGCAGGUAUUUGUUACUAGCAGUGGAAAGUACAAUGAACUUGGAUAUCCAUUUGGUUAUUUAAAAGCUAGUACAACUUUAACUUGUGUAAACCUCUUUGUGAUGCCUUACAACUACCCAGUUUUACUUCCUCUUUUAGAAGAGAAGCUUGACCUUCAGCGUGUGAUUCUUAUGCUGUUCUUCAGGUUGCAACUUCCAAUGCACGCCCCACCCCAAUCCCCAGUUUGAGGUGCACUUGGCUUUUUUGUAUAGUUUGGGGCCAAAAAAUACCAAAACAGAGCUACCAUGGGGUGGGAGUAAUGGCUUGUGCUUGUUUCCCCUCAGAAGAUAAAUGCUCUUGAGGCAUCUGUUUUAGGCAGAGUAGUGAGUUAAGAAAAUAGGUACCGGAGUAAAUUCUGCAAUGACUGUGGUUGUAGAAGCUGUGAUUUCCAUAGCAAGGUUCUAAAAGGAACAACUCAAGAAGCUGUUACUCAGAUACUAAUGAAAAUGUGUGUGGAGAUAUUUUCCCCUUAUUUGAAGAGCCACAUCUGUUUAGAGUAAUGUAGUACUUACUGCACAGCAUCCUUCUAGUUGUAAAGUUGUAAAUGUUUUUAUUUCGUGGAGUUUCUUAAUUUUUGCAAAAAGGGUCGAAUCUUUACUAAGUUUUCAUAUGAUCAUUAAAACUAUGAGACUUUUAGUGCUAUAAAUACAACAUACAUUGAGUAUACUGAAAUUGCAAUACUUUUAAAUGUUGAUUUAAGAAGUUUAAGAAUGAGUCAUCGUAAAUGUAUUAGCAUGAUUAUUUUAUAUAACCUAUCUACUUUAUUUCCUAGUCCAACCUAAGAGGGAUGUUCUCUUUCUAAGAGCUGAUUAUCAUUAACAUAAGAUAUAGGUUAUAUCUUCCAGAUUAAUAAGACAGCCAGUAAAAAAGUGUCUGUAUUUUGCAGAUUUAUUUAUCCCUUUUCUUAAAUAUGUCUUUAUGACUUCAGUUUCCACAACUAUAAAGUGAAGAGAUUAGACUAUGUAAUCUUCACUACCACUGUUAAUGGUAUUAUUUUUCUAUUUUUAAGUGCACUUUUUUUGAUCUACUUUAUUGAGUUAUGCUUGACAUACAAAAAGUUGUACAUAUUUAAUGUAUACAACUUGAUGAGUUUGGAGAUAAGUAUAUACCCAUUAAACCGUCACCUCAAUCUAUGCCAUAAACCUAUCAGUCACCUCCAAAAGUUUCCUCCUGCCCUGAUAAGAUCUACCCUCUUACUGAUCUUUUAAGUACACAAUACAGUAUUGUUAACUAUAGGUACUAUGCUAGAAACCAUUAUGCUGAGUGAAAUAAACCAGACACAGAAGAACAGAUACUACAUGAUACCACUUACACACUUUUUGUUUUGAGAUAAUUGCAGAUUCACAUGUAGUUGUAAGAAAUAAUAUAGAAAGAGAUGACCUCAAAAGCACAGGCUACAAAGACAAAACUAGACACAUGGGACUAUAUCAAACUUAAAAGCUUGUGCAUCAAGGGAGACAAUCAACAGAGUGGAAAGGCAACCUAUGGAAUAGGAGAAAAUAUUUGCAAAUCAUAUAUCUUAUAAGGGCUUAAUUUCCAAAAAAUAUAAGGAAGUCUUACAUUUCAAUAGCAAAACAAAAACAAAACCCUAAAUAACCUGCUUAAAAAAUGGGCAAAGGACUUGAAUAGAUAUUUCUCCAAGGAAGAGGUACAAAUGGUUAAUAGGCAUAUCAAGAGAUGCUCAACAUCACUAAUCAUUACAGAAAUGCAAAUCAAAACUACAGUAAGGCAUUACAUUACACCCCUCAGGAUGGUCACUAUCACAAAAACAGAAAAUGAGAAGUGUUGGUAAAGAUGUGGAGAAAUUGGAAUUCUUGUGCACUCUUGGGAAUGUAAAAUGUUGCAACCAGUAUGGAAAACAGAUAGAAGUACCUCAAAAAAUUAAAAAUAGAAUUAACCAUAUGAUCCAGCAAUCCCAUUUCUGAGUAUAUAUCCAAAAUAAUUGAAUCCAGAAUCUUGAAGAUACAUUUGCACACCCAUGUUCACUGCAGCAUUAUUCACAAUAGCUAAAAAAAAAAAAAUCCAUUGAUGGAUAAAUGAAUAAAGAAAAUGUGGUAGAUAUACAUGCAAUGGAAUAUCAUUUAGUCUUAAGAAGGAAAUUUUGUGACGUGCUACAAUGUGGAUGAACCUAGUGGACUUAUGCUAAGUGAAAUAAGCCAAAUGACAAAUAUUGUAUGAUUCCACUUAUAUGAGUUAUUAAAAGUAGUCAAACUCAUAGAAACAGGGGCUGGGUGAGGGGAAAAUGGGGACUCGUUCUUCAGUGGAUAAUAGAGUUUCAGCUUUGUAAGGUGAAAAGCCUCUAGAUAUCUAUGGCACAGCAAUAUGCAUACAGUUAACACUAUUGGACUGUACAGUUAAAAAUGGUUAAGAGGGUAAGUAUUACGUGUUUUUAAACACAACUUUUUCUUUUCUUUUUUUUUUUUUUUGAGACAAGAGUCUCUUUCUGUCACCCAAGCCAGAGUGUAAUGGCAUGAUCUUGGCUCACUGCAACCUCCAUCUCCCAGGUUCAAGUGAUUCUCCCGCCUCAGCCUCCCAAGUAGCUGGGAUUACAGGCACGCACCAUCACGCCCAGCUACUUUUUGUAUUUUUAGUAGAGACGAGGUUUCACCAUGUUUUCCAGGCUGGUCUCGAACUCCUGACCUCAAGUGAUUGGCCCACCUCGGCCUCCCAAAGUGCUGGGAUUGCAGGCAUGAGCCACUGUGCCCAGCCUAAACACAAUUUUUAAUAACAUUUUUUAAAAAGAAAUAACACAGAAAGAUCCUAUGUACUCUUUAUUCAGUUUUCCCAAAUGAAAGUCUUGCAAAACUACAGUACAGUAUCACAAUUGUGAUAUUAACAUUGAUGCAGUGAAGAUACAGAAUAUUUUCAUCACCACAAAGAUCCCUUAUGAGGCCCUAUUACAGCCACAUCUGCCUGCCUUCUGUACCCAUCCCCUCCUUAACCACUGCCAACCACUAAUCUGUUCUACAUGUCUACAAUUUUAUUAUAUCAAGAAUGUUAUAUAAAUGGAACCAUUCAGUAUGUAACCUUUUGGGAUUGGCUUUUUUCACUCAGUGUAAUUCUCUAGAGAUUCCUUCAGGUUGUUGUAAGUAUCAAUAGUUUGUUCCUCUUCACUGCUGAGUUUACAAACUAUGACAUUAAUAUACCACAGUUUCUCCACCUAUUCACCUGUUGAAGGACAUCUGUGUUGUUUAUGCUUUUUGGCUAUUGUGAAUAAAGCUACUGUAAAUAUUUGCAUACAGGUUGUGAACAUAAGUCUUCACUUCUAUGAGAUAAAUGCCUAGGAGUGCAAUUGCUGGAUCCUAUGGUAGUUGCAUGUUUAGUUAUUUAAGAAACAGCCUAAGUGUUUUCCAGAGUAGCUAUACUAUUUUACAUUCCCACCAUUAGUGUAUAAGUGAAUCAGUUUCUCUACAUCUUCAUCAGCCUUUGGUGUUGUCAGUAUUUUUAAAAUUUUAGCCAUUUUGAUAGGUGUAUGGUGAUAUAGCACUGUGGUUUUAAUUUGUAUUUCCCUAAUGGCUAACGAUGUUGAUCAUCUUUCUAUGUGCUGAUGUGCCAUUGUAUAUGUUCUUUGGUGAAAUGACUUUUCCCUAUAUUUUAAUUAGAUUGUUUGCUUUUGUUACUGUUGAGUUUUGAAAGUUCUUUAUAUAUCGUAGAUACUAGCCCUCUGACAGGUGACUCGCAAAUACUUAUUUAGAUCCUUUUUUAUCUUUCAUUGGUCUUAUGCAGUUUUCCACAUACAAAUGCGGUGCAUAUUUUGUUAUAUUUACACCUACUUCAUUUUUUGAGUGAUUGCAAAUGGUAUUAUAUUUUUGAUGUUGGUAUCUACAUGUUCACUGCUAGUAUAUACAAAUACAGUUGAUUUUUAUGUUAAUAUUGUAUCCUGCAACUUUACUGAUCUCACUUAUUAGUUGUAGGAGAGUUUUGUAGAUUCCCUGGAAUUUUCAAGGUAGAUAAUUAUGUCAUCUGCAAAUAGAGACAGUUUUACCUUUUCUAUUCUUAUCUUUAUGCUUUUUCUUUUCUUUUCUUGCCUUAUUGUACUGUAGAGAACUUCCAGCACUGUGUUGAAUGGCAGUGGUAAGAUGUAUGUUCCAUCAGUGCUUGACAACUAUGCACUAUUCGUUCUUACAUUAAGCAUAAUGCUUUUGUAGAUUUUCUUUAUCAAGUUGAAGAGUUCUGGCUGGGUGCAGUGGCUCACGCCUGUAAUCUCAGCACUUUGGGAAGCCAAGAUGGGUGGAUCACCUGAGGUCAGGAGUUCGAGACCAGCCUGACCAACAUGGCAAAACCCCAUCUCUACUAAAAAAUACAAAAAUUAGCUGGGCAUGGUGGCACACACCUGUAGUCCCAGCUACUUGGGAGGCUGAGGCGGGAGAAUCGCUUGAACCCAGGAGGUGGAGGUUGCAAUGAGCCGAGAUUGUGCCACUGCACUCCAGCCUGGGAGACAGUGCAAAACUCCAUCUCAAAAAUAAAAAGUUGAAGAAUUCCCCUUCUAUUUGUAUUUUUCUGAGUUUU